UAAUUUCCGUUUUCUUUUUAUUAGUUGAGAUAACAGAGAGAAAAUGGGAGCAAAACAAAUGCGUAUUAGUCCUGUUAUAUGACGUGUAAAUAUUUGAAGUAGAACAACGUUGUACAAAAAAUAAUUAGCCAGCAACUCCAGAGUUUUUGGAAAACUGUACCUUUUAUGUAGGCUCCUUUUUUCAAAUGAAAUCAAAUUGUACUUUCCCAGUGAAAGACUUGUUUACUUAGCCCAUUUACAAAAGAGCUGAAGAAAUUAAGACCAAAAAAGUGGUAUAAAAUAAUUCAGAAUACAGAACUACCACUGUAAAGACUAUCUUCAGGAGUAGUUUAAACUUUACAUGAACGUGGGGCAAGAUUAGAUUUGAAAUAGGCCUAGCUAGAAUAUUAAAACCAGAAGGCCUGUUUGUUGAUGUAAUUAAAAAUACACAAUGAGAAUUAGGAAUAGUUUGACUAAUUUUUAUGUGAUUUAUUUGUUUUCUUCAUAUUUGAUUUAUUUGUGAUGGCUUCAAAAAAUACGUUAAAUUAUAUUCUACCGAGUUCUGCCGGCUGCUUAUAACGUUGGACUGCAGACGACAACGUCAUCAUUGCUGUUGUUGUGGCGGCAGACCGGUGAAGCGACGAAUGAGUCAGCAGCCCGCAAAUGAGGCGCUUUGCACAUCGAAAGGUGAAACAAAAUCUUUUGAAAAAACUUUAAAAUCGUUUAUUUUUACAAACGAGGAAAUGGCAGUUCCUGCUGUCCCGAACCUGCAACUGAACAACACAGCAAGUAAAAACUCCCCAGAACGUAUCAUCCAUAUUGACGAAAGUGAACUGGAGAACAUCACGAACGAGGAUGGAAACGGCACUUUCCCAUUACAUUCUCCAUGGACCUUUUGGCUUGAUAGAUCUUUACCAGGAACAACUGCAGCAGAAUGUGAAUCAGGUUUGAAAAAGAUCUACACAGUGCAAACAGUUCAGAGCUUUUGGAGUGUGUACAACAAUAUACCUGGAGUGUCCAGCCUGUCAUUGAGAUGUAGCUACCACUUAAUGAGAGGGGAGAGAAGACCACUCUGGGAAGAAGAGAGUAAUGCAAAGGGUGGAGUUUGGAAAAUGAAAGUACCCAAAGAAAGCACUUCUGCUGUAUGGAAGGAGUUACUGUUGGCCACUAUUGGGGAGCAAUUCACUGAUUACUGUGCUUCAGAUGAUGAGGUGGUUGGCGUUAGUGUCAGCGUUCGUGACAGAGAAGAUGUUGUUCAGAUCUGGAAUGGAAAUGCAUCUUUAGCAAAUGAAGCAAACAUUCUAGGAAGGAUUUAUGAACUUCUUCCACAGAUAACUUUUAAAGCAGUAUUUUAUAAGCCACAUGAGGAGCACCAUGCCUUCGAAGGAGGGCGGUCAAGACAUUAGCACUAUUUGCACAUUUGACACUUUGUUGUUUUUGGACUUAGAAAUGGACUGGAUUUUCCCCUCAUCUGAGCUCCACUGUCUUUUGUAAAUGUAUUAGCCUACAAUGACUUUAGUUUGGGCAGACCAAAAAUGUCAUAGCACACUCACAUAGUUUUUUUUCUUUUAGGGGUUCUUAAAAUUGAAACUGUGGAGGAACCCCUGAAAAUAUUCUCUGAAGAACACUUUCAAAUGCCACUUCAAAGAACACCUUUUUAAUGUUUCCUUAAAUAACUUUUUGGGGUUGAUUUUUGAGGAGGCAGGUUCUUUGAGGAACCUUUAAAAUGUGUCCUUUGAAAUAUCCUUUUACAUUUUUCCUUAAAUGACUAAGAUUUUGCCCAGAGUUCAAUGAAGAACCCUUAAAAGAUUCUAUAAAACCCUUUUUCCUCUUUGUUUUAAGAUGGGUGAUACAUGUUCUUUAGUGUUUGUUUUCAUACAAAUAUACUGUAUGUAGCUAAACCUGAAGAAAGCCUUUCAUUUAAGUUUUCAUCUCCAGAGCCUUUUACCAGUAUCUUGAUCUAGAAAAUAUAGUAUUUGCAGUAUGUAAGGAAUUUACAUUGUUCCCUUUCUUUAGAAAGGGGAUUCUUUUCCGGAAGACUGUACUAUUAACACAGUUUUAUGGAAAAGAUAUUUGUGCGUUUUCAAUGUUUUUUGUUGGGGGUUUGUUGGUUUUUAUUUUUAUUUUUCGCAGUUGGGGGAAAGAAAGCUGUUAAAUGUUACUGGAUGUGACUCCACAAAAACAAGUGCGAUAGUUUACCCUGAGUGUUUUGUACUAACAGUGGGUCAUUGUACAAACAUGCUCAAUUUGUUUCUGAAAAGGACUUUUUCAUUUUUACUGUAAAGAACAGGACACCUAUUACAGUAUAAUCAAAAGUGGAUAUAAUUUGCGGCCCAUUCCUUAUUGAAGAGUAUAAUUCACACAGAAGGGGUUCUCUUUUAAUAGUUGUCUUAAUGUUGUUUUUUACCAUCAGUUAUGCCUUUAUUACAUUUAUAUCAUGCAUAAUAUUCUUAUUAAAGUCCUAAUAACUUUAAAAGAAACGCAUAAAGAAUGCUCUAAAUUUAUGAUGUACAGUAAGUCUUGGUACCAAUCUGUUUAGCUAUAAUUUAAAAUGUUGUCAGGGUAGACAGACUGGCCUUUCUGUCAUAAUGAGAACAGAGUACUUGAACCUAAUUUUCUGACCCUAAAAGCUCUCCUCCAUUUACAAAGGUUAUGCAAAUAUUGGAACUCUAUUUCUUUUCUCGACCCUCUAUUGUGGUUGGGUUGCUGAGGAACUGUUUUUUUGUUUGUCCUUUCAAUAGAAAACCUUCUUUCAAAGUUACUUGUUUACAUCUAUGAAAAUAUGUAUGUACAUCAAUACCAAUCACAAAAUGUUAGGUCAAAAUAGAACAAUUUGCAUAGCUAACAACUACAUGUUUCUAAUAUUUAUGUUGGAAAGCAUUGCCAAAUGGCAUGAGGGAAAUGUGUGCAAUUUGGUAGCAGAACAAGGGGGGCUUUUUUUUGGCAGGCAGCAAACAAAGGUUCAAUUUACAUGUGUUUAUGAGAGCAUUCACCAUACUUUUGGAUUAUAAUCAGAUUUUAACCAAUUUAUUGUUAAACACUUUAACUUCAGCCAGUAAAAUAUAUUUUUGGCUUUGUUUCCAGCCUAUGCCAAUGAGCAUUAGCAUUCUAGCUAAGAACUGCUAUGGGUGUUUUAUCGAAGAUAAACAAAUCAAGCAACAUUUUAAGUUAAAGAGAACCACAAACUAGGCUAUUACAUGUUGUCAUGGAAUUUUUAAUGUUAAAUGUUUAAAAACAACAGUUGUCACACACAAAAUCCAGCUGCAUUUUGAUCAUUGAGUUUAUAAGGCCAGUCUCUUGGCAUAGUUAGACGGAGUAGAAGGAGUGGAAUGUAGGCUAAACAGACUUACCCAUGCUAUUAUGAGCUGUGCUUUUGGUUGACCUCUCUUUACCAAAGACUUUUCUAACCCUUUCUCUCUGUCACGUGUGCUAAAGCAUGAAUGUGUACGACAUAGAGACGUUUAUAGGACGCAUCCCAGUAUCAUUUCCCAUUAUAGAGUCUGUGAGAGAUGGAAAUGGACAUUCUUCAAUUGGGUGGGACAUCCAACUUCAUCUUGACUUGAUUCCAACCGAGUAAUAAGGAAGGAUCUGCCAGUGAAUUUUAAAGUGCCACCCAAUUGACUGGGUCAUCCGGAAAAAUGUAUAGGAGGAAUGUCCUACCUGAUGACAUUAAAAUGUAUGGAUGCCUUGAAUGGCCAAUGCCAGUCUUUUGGCACUUGAGGCCUCUAAACAUCUCUAUGGUGUAAGUGCAUGUUUAUUGCUUAAGCUUUUACUUUUUGUGAAAUGUUGGUUGUAAUUGUCACCAGAUACUGUCACCAGAUAUUUGGCUGCAUUUAAACAGUCAUCUCAAUUGUGAUACCUACCAAAAUAAUUAGUGGGAGAAAAAUCUGCAUUGGGCUGCAUAAACAUAGACACUGAAUCAGGUCAUCCAUGUUCAAACACUAAGCACAUUGAUUCGUCAACUUUUUUGUAGAGAGAAACACAUGUUAGAUAUGUAGCUCGUUAGAGAUUCUUGCAGUUUUUACUUAAAGUAUUUGCUUUCGUAUAACUCCCAGUCAAUACGAGAUUAAUCUCUGGAAUGGUGCCUUGUAUAUUCGUAGGGUUUCAGUUUUGAAUGUUUUAUUUUUAACACAUUAAACCAGUCAACAUGUAAAAUCCAUAUUUUUGCUGCUAGAUUUUUUAAAUGUAAAAAUAAAAUGCAAAACAAUAAUA